UUUUUUAUUUUGGAUGAUAUUUUUAUGUUUGUGAGGUCAAGUGGAAUGAAGCAGAUAGCCAUGGCGAGUUCUUCAUCAUAUGCAUAUGCAGGCGGCAUUUCAGCUCUUCCUCUCUCGCAACCGAAGAAGCUAUCAGCUACUCAACUUACAUGUAAAGAAAGAGUUCAUUUUCAUAAAUUUUCAACAACGAGAAAUUCCGCGUUUUCAACAAAAGAAUGUCAUGGAUUGGUAUCGAAGAAAAUGAUAUCCGUAGCUCCCAAAUGCAGCAAUUCCUCAAGCUCUGAUGGCGCCACCGAGGAGUCAUCUAAUAAAACCAAGGUUCCAUUUGGGUAUAGUCGAAAAGAUGUUAUUCUUAUUGGAGUUGGAGUUACAGUUAUCGGCAUUGGUCUAAAAAGUGGAUUAGAGUACCUUGGAGUUGAUCCUCUACAGGCUGGGAAUGUGGUCCAGUUAGUGUUGGUGUUAGGGCUUACAAUCGGAUGGAUUUCGACGUAUAUUUUUCGUGUAUCGAAUAAGGAAAUGACGUAUGCCCAACAAUUACGCGACUAUGAAAUGAAAGUUAUGGAGAAACGGUUGGAGGGUCUAAGUGAAGCGGAACUAGAAGCGCUGCUUGAACAAGUCGAGGAAGAAAAGCGUUUGGCAAACAGGGAUUAGUUAAACCUGGAUUGCGUUAUCCUAGUCCGGAUACUACCAAUCUACCAUAGUUUAGUAAGUGAUUACACAACCAAAAUUUGAAUGUAAUAUACAACUCCUCCCUGCAACUAUCUUAAUGUUGUAAAUGAUUAUGACAAUUUUAUUUUUGUAUAAUAUGAAUUUAAAUACUUUAAAAAAAUAGAUGUAGACAGAAGUUAAAAAGAAAA